AUGGCGGCCGUGGCGGCGGGCGGCCUGAUGGGGAAGGGGCGCGACAUCAGCCUGGCGGCCCUGCAGCGCCACGACCCCUAUAUCAACCGCAUCGUGGACGUGGCCAGCCAGGUGGCUCUGUACACUUUCGGCCACCGGGCCAACGAGUGGGAGAAGACUGACGUGGAAGGAACCCUAUUUGUUUAUACAAGAUCUGCUUCUCCAAAGCAUGGGUUCACCAUCAUGAACAGACUGAGCAUGGAAAAUCGAACCGAACCCAUCACGAAAGACCUGGAUUUCCAGCUCCAGGACCCUUUCCUUCUCUACAGAAAUGCCAGAUUGUCCAUUUAUGGAAUUUGGUUUUAUGAUAAGGAAGAAUGCCAAAGAAUUGCAGAGCUUAUGAAAAACCUAACUCAAUAUGAACAGUUGAAAGCCCAUCAGGGAGCUGGAACAGGAAUCUCCCCAAUGAUCCUCAAUUCAGGAGAGGGCAAGGAGGUAGAUAUCUUACGAAUGCUCACCAAGGCCAAAGAUGAGUACACGAAGUGUAAAGCCUGUUCUGAGCCAAAACAGAUAACCAGUUCAUCUGCCAUCUAUGACAACCCCAAUCUCAUCAAACCAAUUCCAGUGAAGCCCAGUGAAAACCAGCAACAGCGUAUACCUUGGCCUAACCAGACCUUUGACCUUGAACCCCAACACUUGUCCUUGACAGCUCUCUUUGGGAAACAGGACAAAGCUACAUGUCAGGAAGUUGGGGAGCACCCACAGGUUCUCCACCGGCACCACCACCACCACCAUCACCACCAUCACCACCAGCAGCAGCAGCAGCAAGAGAAGCUUCCAGUUCGGCAGGGGGUUGUCCGCUCCCUGUGCUAUGAGGAACCCAGGAGGCACUCGCCCCCCAUUGAGAAGCAGCUCUGCCCAGCCAUUCAGAAACUCAUGGUCAGGGGUGCAGACCUCCACCCAUUGUCUGAGCUGCCUGAGACCCGGCCCUGCCAAAACGGGAACCCCCAUUUUGUCGGGGAAGUUUUCAUUGGGCCUGGCCAGCUGGGGUCCCCCCAUGGCAUUGGAACAUCUCAUCAUGUGCAGAGCACAGCCAGGACUCAGAACCUGCUAGAGAAGCUCCCUGAUGCCCCCGGGGCAGCAAAUAAGUACCACCCCAGUACAUCAGCCCCUGACUGCCCAGCUACCCCAAGCUUCAGCAGAACCCUCUCUGCUGCCACCCCCGCAGCUGCAGGAAGGGGGAGGGGGCUGACUCAGCCCCAACUGGGGUAUUUCAAUGGCUCCUUCCCACCACCAACACUGGAUCAUCAGCUUCGUGGAAAAGACCAAGCCACGCUUCCACGACAGACACUCCACCUCUCUGGCCAUCAGACUCGGGGCUCUGGAGUGAUCUCCCCUCAAGAGUUACUGAAAAAACUUCAGGUCGUGCAGCAAGAACAGCAGCUGCACGCGGCUAAUCGACCAGCUUUGGCAGCUAAGUUUCCUGUGGUCACACAGACCUCUCGACCAGGGAAACCCUUGGAAUCCUGGAUCGACAAGACUUCCAGCACAGAGACGCAGGCGCCUCUUUUUCAGGCCGUCUCACCUCAGCGCAUCCCUGCUCUGGGGGCGCCUUCUCUGCUCAUGUCCCCCAUGGUGUUCACACACCCUGCCUCCGUCUCACCAAAGGAGAGGGACAGUGGGCUCUUGUCCCUGGGAAGCCACGAACCAGCCGCUGCCUCCACCAGCCUCCUCCUGCCUCUGCAGAGCCCAGAGCCCGCCGGGACCGCCAGCAGCUCGCUCACUAAGCUGCAGCUUCAGGAGGCCCUGCUGUACCUCAUUCGGAACGACGACAACUUCUUAAAUAUAAUCUAUGAAGCCUAUCUCUUCAGCAUGACACAAGCAGCCAUGAAAAAGACUAGGUGAAACAUUUUAAGGCCCCCCAGCCUCAAGGUUCUUUCAUGCCACACGGUGUUCCCGAGAAUGUUUCUGCCUUUUAAUAAAGUAUGUGUCAUAUCGAGUGUUUCAGGUUUUUUUUUUUUUAUCACAUCCUUCACUACA